UUGCUUCAAUGAGGAAGCAAAAUAUAUUGAGGUGAGACAUUGGGCCUAAUGGACGUUCCAACAAUGAUAAUAAUGCCUUCUGUCAUGUUUGGUAUUGUGUUCUUGAGAAAAUCAAUGUUAACAUCAUCACUGGUUUUAAUCUCCUUAGAAGAGGUGCAAAGCCUCCGUAACUUGUACAGAACUCCACAAAAGCCUUGAACUAUUCAAAUCCAUAAUGCCACCUGAUUAAAUGCUUCUUUUAGGGACUCUUGUUCAAGGUACACAAUGAAAGUUUUGCACUAUCUUCUAAAGAGGAGAUUAAGAUCAGUCAGAGAGCAUUAGCCAAUGUGCCCACCCUUAGCUCGUAUAUGUCCAGAGAGCUCUACCAAUCAAUUUGUUUUGUUUAACUUUGGGUGAUUGGUGGAAAGAAUAUUAAUUUGGAUAUGGUGCUGCAAAAUAUAAGAUAAAAUCAUUUGAAAUACUAACGAAUCUGUCUUCUAUUGUCUUAUGUACUUUUAUAUUGGAAUUAUGUUGUUAAUGUAUGACUUCUUUAUGCUCGUGUGUUGUUCAACAGUGAUUCACGCCUUCUACUUAAUUUGUCUGCAGUUUGAAUUGAUGAAGGGUUUCCUAAAACCCGUAUUGGGAGGAAAUAUAGUUGAUGCUAGUUGUGCAAGUGGAUUGUUUUCAAGAUUAUUCGCAAAAAGUCAACUCUUUUCUUUUGUUGUUGCUCUAGACUACUCGGAAAACAUGUUACAGCAAUGUUAUGAAUUCAUUCAGCAGGAAGAGAACUUCCCAAAAGAGAACUUAAUCUUGGUUAGAGCAGACAUAUCUAGGCUCCCCUUUGUUUCUAAUUCUAUUGACGCUGUGCAUGCUGGCGCUGCUCUACACUGUUGGCCUUCACCAUUGGCAGCUGUUGCUGAAAUAAGUCGUGUUUUACGACCUGGAGGUGUAUUUGUUGCAACCACCUACAUACUUGAUGGUCCUUUUUCUAUUAUCCCAUUUCGAAGUAUAUUACGGCAGACUCUAAGGCAAGCAUCUGGGAACUACAGCUUUCUCUCUGAACGUGAGCUUGAAGAUCUCUGCAGGGCGUGUGGGCUGGUUGGGUUUAAAUGCAUUAGAAAUGGGCCUUUUGUGAUGAUCUCUGCUAGAAAGCCCAGUUAAAGUUUGAGCUUCGGGUGCUCUGUUUGCUGCCUUGAACACAUUAUGCUGAAGCCUGUAUAUCUUCCAUGAUCAAAAUUUUCAAAUGUAAGCAGACAAAAUGAUGCAUGUUAAUCUGAUUAAAUUUGUGGUUUGACUUGGUAAUUAAUUAGGCUUCACAAUAA